AUGGCCACCCUCCUCCGCAGCAAGCUCUCCAACGUGGCCACCUCGGUGUCGCACAAAUCCCAGGCGAAGAUGAGCGGCAUGUUCGCCAGGAUGGGCUUCCAGGCGGCCACCGACGAGGAGGCGGUGGGCUUCGCCCACUGCGACGACCUGGACAUGGAGCAUCGGCAAGGGCUGCAGAUGGACAUCCUCAAGUCCGAGGGCAGCGAGGAGGGCGGGGAGCCGCCCCUGGAGGGGGACAUCCACUACCAGCGGGACGGCACAGGGCCCCUGCCGCCCUCUGCCUCCAAGGAGGCCUGCUCCGAGCUCUCCGGGCAGGGCAAGCCCAAGAUCACGGCAUGGGAGGCGGGAUGGAACGUCACCAACGCCAUCCAGGGGAUGUUUGUUCUGGGCCUGCCCUAUGCCAUCCUUCACGGUGGAUACCUAGGACUCUUUUUAAUAAUUUUCGCUGCAGUGGUGUGCUGCUACACUGGGAAAAUCCUUAUUGCCUGUCUUUAUGAGGAGAAUGAGGAUGGGGAGAUAGUCAGGGUGAGAGACUCCUACGUGGACAUCGCGAACGCGUGCUGCGCGCCCCGCUUCCCCACCCUCGGGGGCAGAAUUGUGAACGUGGCUCAGAUCAUUGAACUGGUCAUGACCUGCAUCCUCUAUGUGGUGGUCAGUGGGAACCUGAUGUACAACAGCUUCCCCAACCUGCCCGUCUCCCAGAAGUCGUGGUCCAUCAUUGCCACGGCAGUGCUCCUGCCUUGCGCGUUCUUGAAGAACCUCAAGGCAGUCUCCAAGUUCAGCUUGCUCUGCACAUUAGCCCACUUUGUCAUCAACAUCCUGGUGAUCGCCUACUGCCUCUCCAGGGCGCGCGACUGGGCCUGGGACAAAGUCAAGUUUUACAUUGAUGUCAAGAAGUUUCCCAUCUCCAUUGGCAUCAUUGUCUUCAGCUACACCUCCCAGAUCUUUCUGCCUUCCUUGGAGGGGAACAUGCAGAACCCCAAGGAGUUCCAUUGCAUGAUGAACUGGACUCACAUCGCAGCUUGCAUCCUUAAGGGACUCUUUGCCUUGGUCGCCUACCUGACCUGGGCUGAUGAGACCAAGGAGGUUAUUACAGACAACUUGCCAUCCACCAUUAGGGCAGUAGUCAACAUUUUCUUGGUGGCCAAAGCCUUGCUCUCGUACCCCCUGCCGUUCUUUGCAGCUGUAGAAGUCCUGGAGCGGUCCCUUUUCCAAGAUGGAAACAGGGCUUUCUUCCCCAACUGCUAUGGGGGUGACGGGCGGCUCAAAUCCUGGGGACUCACCCUCAGAUGUGCCCUGGUAGUUUUCACCCUUCUCAUGGCUAUUUAUGUCCCCCAUUUUGCCCUCUUGAUGGGUCUUACUGGGAGCCUCACAGGUGCAGGGCUCUGUUUCUUGCUCCCCAGUCUCUUCCACCUCAAACUCUUGUGGAGGAAGCUCUUGUGGCAUCAUGUCUUCUUCGAUGUUGCCAUUUUCGUUAUAGGUGGUAUCUGCAGCAUCUCUGGGUUCAUCCACUCUUUAGAAGGCCUCAUAGAGGCUUUCAGAACCAAUGCUGAAGACUAAGGAGGGGCCAGAGUCGGGAGCAGGAAGAGAAUUGCAUCGAACAUCUGCAUAGCCAAAUAAUUCUGCAUC